UCCUCCUUUCCCCUCCCCACAUCGCUACCCUCUCUGGUGGCUUGGCGUCUACCCGGCGCGACCCGGACCGAAUCCUAGGCCCGCCGGCCGCCGCCGUCGGCGCUGCCUCCGACCCCACCGCCGCCGGCUCCCGCGGACACGAGUUUGGAGUAAAGAAACCAACCUUGCAUCUGUGUUCUGUCUCUGCCGCUUUCCUUUGGAUUCCAGAAAAAAAAUUUCGAACAAGCCAUUGCAUCUCACUGACUUGAGGUAACUAUGCCAAAGGACAGGAGCUCCCGCGUUUCCUCCUAUGAGAGCCGUCGCCGGUCUCGUGCCUCACCGUACUUAUCAUCGUCGCAUGGACGGAGUGGUUGUUCUCGCCGGUCAGAGGAGUCUUCCGCGGCUGCAUCAGCGGUCGCAGCAAAGCAGGCUGCAGAGUGGGAGGAGGUCCGGUGCCCUGUGUGUAUGGACCACCCGCACAAUGCUGUGCUGCUGGUCUGCUCGUCGCAUGAGAAGGGUUGCCGCCCCUUCAUGUGCGACACAAGCUCGCGGCACUCCAAUUGCUAUGACCAGUACUGCAAGGCCUCUAAGGAUUCUUCCAAGGAUUCAGCGGCCGAGUGCAGCGAGUGUCAGCAGCAGGUACAGCUCUCCUGCCCGCUGUGCCGUGGGCCGGUCAGUGAUUGCAUCAAGGACUACGACGCAAGGAUGUACAUGAACUCCAAGGUCCGGUCGUGCACUAUGGAGUCAUGUGAGUUCAGGGGUGCCUACCAGGAGCUGAGGAAGCACGCCAGGGUGGAGCAUCCGACAGCGAGGCCGAUGGAGGUAGACCCCGAGCGGCAGCGGGACUGGCGCCGGAUGGAGCAGCAGCGGGACAUUGGGGAUUUGUUGAGCAUGCUGCGUUCAGGGUUCAGCAGCAGUAUUGAGGAUGACAGCAGCGGUCUUGGAGCCACUGAAGAAGGAGAAGAGGACACAGCUGAGAGGACUCCAGCCUCAAUAACAAUGGUCUUCAUCGUGCCGUCAGGUGGCUCGAUCAUGCGGUACUUGACUGAGCGCAGCAGAGCGCUCAUUGUGGUCAGUCGGUGGCGAGCAAGCAGCAGUGGUGGUGAAGCUGAAGCCACAGCUCCAGACAGCGUGGAAGGCAAUGACCCUAUGCCAUCAGCAGAUGCAUCUGCCGGUUCGCCGCAUUCUUCCUCUUCCUCUUCUUCUGAAGAAGCCGAUGGUGACCCCGCACAAUGACGGAUGUCAGCUGGAAGGUGUUCCAUGGCGUCCUCAUGACCUGAAGAUCCUGGCAUCCCAACACGGUAUGUGUUGAUUUCGCCGUGCAGCGCUUACUGUGCGGUGUGCUGGGGGGGAAGAAACAUGGACGCUGGUGCCUCUAAGGUGUAGUCAGGAUAUUCUGCCUACUUGGGAGAAGAAUUGAAGGGAAUCGGCAACGCAGGGAAGGGUUCGAAACUGUGGUGGAUCGCUAGUUCGGUCUGUAGUGUCUUUUUAAUGUAUUUGCUGAGGUCUGUGGCAAUGAAGAAAAAGAAAACAAUUGGGUGGCUGUAUCUAUUCUGUCUGAAUGGGUUUCCAGUUCUCUGCGUUGUAAAUUCUCUUACCAUUACAAUGAAAUAGAUUCCUCCCGGAUUAAAGAA